AAAAACAUUCUAAUUUGCCACUCUUCCUUCAGAUCUCUUGUUUUUGUUUAUCUCCUCUCUACGCUGUUUCGGACCUUGUGCAGGCACAACGGGUUCUGCUCCCAUGGCGUCUUCUCGCAUCGAUGAUUUUGUUCAUGUUGAUGUAGUUGGAGCGCUGGCUGAUUCCAACAUCCAGUCUCAAGGUUCGGAGGGGAGCGUUGUGGCAGAUAACGCAGCCAAUGACGCGGUUAGUGGAGAGGGUGAGCCCCGAGGCUAUGUCAGGAAGGCACUGCCUGAUAAGCUGAUGAAGAGCGUUGUGAUGCUCAGUUGCGAGUCGUACGCGGAAGGCGGCAUCUGCGAUGUGUAUCUGCUAGGAACAGCUCACGUGUCUGCGGAAUCUUGCCAACAAGUCCAAGCCGUGAUCAAUUUCUUAAAGCCACAGGCUGUCUUUUUGGAGUUAUGUUCAAGUCGUGUUGCAAUACUAACACCUCGAAAUUUAAAGAUACCAACAAUGGGGGAAAUGGUGGAUAUGUGGAAGAAACAAUAUAACUUGUUUGCAAUACUAUACAGCUGGUUUCUUGCAAAGGUAGGUUGCCAGUAAGCUUGAUGCUUUACCCGGGGACGAGUUUCGUGUUGCAUAUGAAGAAGCAAUGAAGUAUGGUGGCAAGGUGAUUCUUGGAGACCGCCCUGUCGAGGUGACAUUGAGAAGGACUUGGGCAAAAAUGCCCCUAUGGCACAAGACAAAAUUAGUUUAUUCAUUGAUGUUUCAAGCCUUAUUUCUACCAAGCCCCGACGACAUCAAUAGAAUGUUGAAAGAAAUGGAUGAUGUCGAUAUGCUGACUCUUGUUAUUCAAGAAAUAAGCAAACAAUUCCCAACUCUAAUGGAGACACUAGUACAUGAGCGGGAUCAGUAUAUGUCGUCAAGACUACGUGCGGUUGCUUGUCAACAUAAUUCUGUUUUGGCUGUUGUUGGAAAGGGCCACCUCAUCGGAAUGCAGAAACACUGGCAGAAACCCAUUAAGCUGAAUGAAUUGCUUAGCACCUUGCCCCCUUCAAAGAAACCCACAGGGCAUGUGAAGAAAAUUUUGACAGCUCUUGGAAUUGCUGUUGCAGGAGCGGCUGUAGCGUCGCGACUGUAUUUCUCAACUAAGAAGUAAGCAAAUGUGCUUUCUAGUCUAUCAUAAUAGGCCCAUUAACUGUAUGAACACAGACACACAUACACACACAGAGAAAGAAAGGCUUUGCAGGUGUGGAAGAGUCCAUCCUAAAAAUGUGUGAGCACACAAAGUCCCUUAGUUUUGCCUUCAAAUAGAUGCAGAAUUUUUCCUCCCUUUAAACCCAAAGAAUUGGAUGUUUGAGUAAUCAAUGGAAAUAGUUUGUUUUGCAUACUCUUCUUUUGACAUUGGUUCUUUGUUCUAUUGGUAAUUUGGGUACGGAAACCAACUUUGUGAUGAUGAUGAGUCCCUAUGAUUCUAUGAAAGAGAGGAUCGAAUGAUUUAUUUAUUUGUCUCGUAAUUAAUUAAACCAGAAGUCAGCUUUUAUAUAUCUUUGAUGGAGUGUAUGACAAGAUUACAUGACGGGGUCCUAAUAAAAAAUCAAUUAAAACAGAGAUAAAGCAAUUAAAUCUAUUUUAAAAAAUCCAUCUUUGCCUCCUCGGUGAGCAGUAUGAGUGUAUGACCAGGUGGUUUUGGAGCACGUUUUCACUAGGGGUUGCUGGGCCUGGGCAGCCCGACCUGGGACCGGCACUCUUGGUACCUGCCCGGGUCCAAUUUUCUGAGACCGGUACUGGCCCGGACCCUGGCCUGAGGUUAUAUAGAAGGCGGGCUACGGGCUCACAUUUUGGGGAACAGCCCGGUCGGGCCCGGGCCUAAGAGUCAUUUUUUAUUUUUAAAAAGAGUAUUAUUAUACUUGUUUUUUUGGUUCAUUACCUAUGUACGAAGAUAAGUCCAUAGAUCCUAUUUCCUAAAGAACAAUACAAUGAGGUUAGUCACUUAUUUCAUCAAUUAUUUAAUGAGUUCUUGCACACUAUGGUAAUGCACCCUUCCCCCCGAAAUCAAUUCCUUCUUGAUCUAAAGGAAAAUCAUUUUUCAAAUCUACAUCUGAUAAUUCUAUGGAAAAGUCAAUUUUCACUAUUGCACAAAGCUUGAUUAACAAGCUUUCUUUAUAGCUAACGUUUUCUUGUGAGUAUGAAGAAGUUGAUUUUGACGUGUUCUCAAAUGGUGGAAGAAGAAAGAAGGAAUGUUCCCGAUUUUUUAUCGAAGAUGACAAAUCAAUGCCGGUGUCAAUAGUAAUAGUGGAACUGUGGAACAAGAAUUUAACGAAGGCCUGGCAUAGAACUCAAGAGUUUUGCAUCGUCCCUGACCGCCACUUCAUGGAGGAAACAACAAUCGAUGUUGGCGGAGAUUCCGGCGAUUAGCAUUUUUUACUUCAUAUUUAGUAAUUAUAGAACCGACACUUUGCAUCUCAAUUCUCAAUUGUACUUCAUAUUUCAAAUAAAUAUACAUUUACUUUUUAAGGUCUA